AUGACAUCAUCUUGGACUGCAAGGCAGAACAAACUCUUUGAACAAGCAUUAGCUUUAUAUGAUAGAGAAACUCCUGAUAGAUGGCACAAUGUUGCCAAUGUCGUUGGAAAAUCAGUUCAAGAUGUUAAAACUCACUAUGAAAUCCUCAAACAAGAUGUUCAACGUAUUGAGCAUGGCCAUGUUCCUUUUCCUCGCUACAAAACUAACACCAACAACUGA